UGACGGAUGGCAUAACUCUCAUUUUUAUGUUAGAUGCUUGAUGAUAAGCCGUUUCUCAACUUCGAUUGAUCACCAACAUUCAUCGGCAAUUUGAACGAUUUAUCCCAACCGCUAUCCGUUCCGAAAAAAGUGGUGGAUACCACAUCCUUUUUCGAUAAGAGCUAAAUUUUAGUAGCAGAGAGAGAACUUGUAGCAAGUAGCAGUUGCCCCGCAGAUCUGAAACAUCGAAUGGUCUGACGAUAGUUAAAAUCCCGAGGACGUAAAAUGAAUUUCAUUCGCAGUUUAUUCGUUGACACGAAGCCCAUUUGGACCGUGGGAUUUCCGACAUUCACGUUGCUUUUCUUUUUACCUUACUGGUUUAUUUUGUGUCCAUUCGUGUGGCAUCGAAGACAUGAAAAUGUUGCUAACAAUCGUGCUUGGAAUAGUCCUUGGCUUUAUGGCUAUUGGCUAGCUGCAACCGGAGUAUGGGUGGCAGUGUUUUUGGUAGCUCUGUGUUGUUGGAAGCGAAAUGACCAGCAUUGCGAAGAGACUGAAAUGGGGACCGGUACAUACCUGUUGUCCUCUCAACACUACAAGAGUUCAGUGCCAUUCUGCAUCACUCCGUUACCAGUACAACCCAAGAAAGAGGAAAGAGAGGAAACAUCCUUUAAAGGGAAAAUCCGCGAAAUGGACGUUUCCUUCGUUCAAGUACAGCCAAUGCCAUUCAGAACUAUGCCUGCUUCACGGCCUUCAGAACUAGAUUUUACGUGGGAUCACGAAGACAUUCAGUGGUUAAUAGAAAGCAACGAAACUACGGAUCCUACAAAUCUUGGGAGUUUCGGUAGCACCAUUUCGCUAGAAUCUCUUACAGAGCGUGUAAGGAUUGAAAGCAUCCCAGAUCAAAAUAUAGAACUUAAAAGCCCCUCAUGUGAUAGCCCUUUGUCUCCUGACAGCGAAAAUGGAGACCACGACUAUGCCUUUCUUGGGGUCGAACAUCGUACAGACUAUUAUCAGCUAACGCCAACAGGAUCUCCUCCUAGUCCUUCGUUUAUGGAACCUUCGCCUGCGCUAGCCACCCAGUUCCCCUCUGAGAUGGAAAAUUUAAUUACUGAAACUGAAUUUCAUGAUGAUACCAAUGCAAAAAAUGAUUCCUAAAGAGUCCCUGUUCUCGUGUAGAUAUCGACUGAGUGAUACGAUCAUGAAUAUUUCGUUUUCGACUAUGUGCUUUUGAACUAAUUAUUGUAUUGACAUGUUGUAUGUGUGCUUUAUCCAUUUCCUUU